AUGACAACACGCCGUACAAUUGUGCGACUACAUGAUUCACUGUCAAUUCAUGUCGCACAUCUGGAUACCUUUUCAGUACUGGAAAAGAUAAAACAAAAAAUGAGGAUGAAGACGCAGCAUUUGUAUGACAAGUCAGAGGAAAGAGUGAUGCGAUUGAAUGAAAUCUAUGCUCGCUUUGUCAAGUUGAAGAAUCUUGAUCAAAAGACAGAGGCACUGUUGUUGCUCUAUGGCUUAAUGGAUUCGGUUCUACCACCAGCACCACCACUACAGUAUCGAAAAGAUCUUCCUGACCGUCGAAAGGACUAUGUCGUGGACAAUGAUACUGGAUAUGGAACGAUGACUAGUCUGAACAGCUCGAUAUCGGAUAGAAGUGGCGAUCAAGGACAGCACCAUCGGUCCCAGUCCAUGCCAUCAACAUCCUUGUGUUUUCAAGGACUACAUGAUGCGUCGGGCAUAUCGAUGGGGCAAUCAAAAACGGACCUUGAUUCGUUGGAAGACUCGUUCAAGUUUGCAGUCGGAAUUGCUCCUACGUACAAAAGUAGAAGAGGGAAAUGCAACAGCCCUCGUACACAAUCUGGAGCACAUACGGGAGCAGCUAUAUCAGGUGUUACAAGUACUCCCAUCAGCACAGCAGGACAUUCGUCCUUUCACGUACCCGAGGAAGUUCUUUUGCGCGAUGUCUUGUACGCUUUGCAAGCAAUCGACUCGCGCUAUUUGUACUUUGACGACGCAGCUGACCGGUUUCAAAUUACGAAAAGCGUGGGUAUUCCACAGCCCAUGCGCGAGCUAAUUCACAUGUUAUGCGAGCUGGGUUGGCUGUACCGCAAGAUUUCAGAGUAUAUCACACAUCAUCGCAAAAAGCUAGCGUUUGGCUUGGUGGGUCAAAGCUUUUGCCAUGUGCUCAACACCGAGCUGGUCGUUUAUUUUCGCCUGAUUGCCAUUCUGGCAGCUCAAGUUGACGAAGAUGUGGAAACAAAACGGCCAAGUGAACGAACGACUAGCAGUUUAACCUUACGAACGCUGAUUGUGUGGACACAGGAUCCACUUGACAAAAUGCGAUUAAUGGGUCGUCUUAUUGACAGUGUCGAAGGGCUUCGCGGUGGUGCGCUUGCGUCCGGCAUUCACUUGCAUCUACUACAUGGUGAUCCAGACGUGUCGGAAUUUGUUCAAGCAGUGCUGAAGCAGAUUGCUGCUCCGAUUAUUCGAAUGAUAAAGCGUUGGGUCUUUGAAGGAGAGCUGGAAGACGUGCAUGGUGAGUUUUUCGUGGUGGCAGACCCAACGGUGAGUGACGACCAGUUUUGGGCACAGAAAUACACGCUGAACUUGAAAAUGGUACCUGCAUUUAUGUCAAUUGAUCUUGCAAAGAAGAUUCUGGUCAUUGGAAAAAGUAUCAACUUCAUUCGUCAAUGCUGUGGAAAUGCUGAUUGGGUCAUGGACGUUGCAGACGAAACUGCUGUAAUUCACAUGGAAACCGAACGUGAAAGGUUUCAUUUUGCGGAGCUGAAGCGUCUCGAAAGAGUGAUUGAGAAGGUAUCAAACUCUACGAACGAGUAUCUGAUCCGCACGCUGAUGAAGAAAUACCGGCUUUUGGAUCAUUGCCAAGCAUUGAAGCGUUACUUGUUGCUAGGACAGGGCGACUUUGUUCAAUACCUGAUGGAUCUUUUAGGUCCUGAGCUAUCCAAACAAGGCUCGCAAGUGUAUCGCCACACGCUUACGAACGUGCUGGAGACUGCGCUAAAUGCUUCCAAUGCGAAGUUUGAGGCGGCGGAUAUCUUGGGGCGCCUUGAUGUUGAGCUGCUGCAAGGAUCCUCAGCGGAUACGGGAUGGGACAUUUUUUACCUGCACUACAACUUGCAAGCACCAGUAAACAGUGUCAUUCCUGCGUCCUCGAUGCUCCAGUACCAGCAAAUCUUUGUCUUUUUAUGGCAAAUGAAGCGCGUAGAGCACUCGCUGUCUGCAUCAUGGACAAAGGAUAUGAACCUUGGACAUGAGGUUCAGGGAUGUGUGCCCGAGAUUCGACCAGUCUUGCACAGGAGCCAGCUCAUACGAUCUGAGAUGACCCACUUUAUAACAAACCUCCUGAACUACAUCAUGUUUGAGGUCUUAGAAACGGCAUGGCAUAAGCUGGUGAAAGAUCUAAAUGCUGCAAAGGACUUGGACGGACUGAUUGAAAGUCACGCCGCAUACAUUAUCUCGGUCAAGAAAAAUGGUUUUAUGAUGAGAGAGCUCAGAAAAAAUCUGUAUACGACUGCAAUGCACGAAAAACACGUGGAAGAGAGACGUCAACAAUUGAUUCAGCGCCAGGAACUAGAUUGUUCGUGGGGAAUACCAGAAGAAGAAGUCUGCGAUAAGCGAGGAGACCGAGAUGCAUUUGGUUCUAAUUCAAAGAUCUGUCGCCAGAUUGAAGAAAUUUCAGACGAUUUCAGCAAUCAAUUUAUGAAACUCCUUGACAUUGUCAAGCACAACUCAAUGCGUGGAUCACAAAGCCUAUCGUUUCUGAUGUCUCGCUUCGAUUUUAACGAGUAUUACGCCAAGGAGACUGCUCCUCCAAUGGGCACAGAUGAAUAA